AUGGGGGUUAAUGCUUUUAGCAGUUAUCACCUCUGCAUUUGGUACCUGUGUUUCAUGGGUUUGGGAUGUGUACCGGAAAAUAACCCGGUACAAUCACAGCAGCGAUGCUUAGCUCCAUUCGGGGAUGUCAUCUACUUUAAGGAUAUAGAUACAGUACAAACUUUAGCAGAUGGUUUGAAACUGAUUCUAAAAGAACCUAUUUCACCAAGUAGUGCUAAUUUCUCCCUUUUCAGAUCCAACAGUCCAGUGGCUACAUUUAUGUUAAGUCUGGUUGCAUGGGCCAUUGUACCUUUUGAUUAUGGUUUGGUAUUGUCAGAUCCUAACAUAGGGCUACUUUAUUUGUUUUCCAUAUCUUUGCUAGGUGUUUAUGGAAUUAUUAUAGCAAGUCGGCUUAGUAAUUAGAGUUCUUGCUGUAUCAUGACCCUGCUAUUUGGAGCUUUAAUUUCCUCCAUUGACCAUUUGAAUCUCAGUCCUUAAUAUACGAAAAGCUGCUCCGAGUAGUGAGCGAUAUGUAGUUAGCCAUACUGAGAAGAUGAAAAAUCUCCGGGAAUCAUCUGCUAAUCAGUGGAUUCCUUAUAGUUUCUUAUCGCACUGAGAAGAUCAGAAAUCUGUAGAAUUCUCCUGCUAAUUGGUGGAUCCUUCAGAGUUUCUUAUCCUAUACACACAUCCAACUCUCACAUCUCAUUUUUAUGCAUUUCUUCAAUAUGGAUACAUCGGAGAAUUGUGAAGGGUGAUGGACUUUGGGUUUCUGGCGCACUGGGAAAUUGUGAAAGUGUAGAAGAGGAUAUUAGGAUUCAACUCCUAACCUCUUGGCGAGCAUUUCAUUACUAAAUUAAGCCUCCAAAAUCGGUCAGCCUUUCUUAAUUUUAUCUCGAGUCUCAACACUCUUUAUUCAAUAUGCACUUAGCUCGCUUGUAUCUAAACACAUCCUUUCUUAAUUCUGUCCCUUUCAAUCUGUUUUUUGAUUGAUGAUUACUUUUAGCUUAAACCUAAAACUGGGUCAAGU